AUGAUUUUUUUUCUUUUUCUUUUCUUUCUCUCUUUCUUUUUUUUUUUUUUUUUCUCUCUCUCUCUUCUCUCUCUCUUUAAGCCCACAACAAGCAAAUUUGGGAAGACAGAUGCAACUGUUUAUUUUGCUGUAAAUCUAAAAAUAAAAAUAAUAGGAAUGCACUUCAAGAAGUUGCUAAAAUUGUUGCACCAUUCUUUGAGAAUUCUGAUCUGCUGUGGUAUCUGCCACUUGGUGCCCCAUUGCAGAUGUUGUUCUUGCAAUCAUGUUCCCAAGGGAGAUAACUGCUGCCAAUGUAAUAUGGCUGCCUUUUACAAAUUAACUGAAGACAUUGAUAUAAAAAUACUGCAUGUUUCUUUCCAGAAUGAAGUUUUCCAGAGUCCUUUUAUUGUCUCGGUUGACCACAAAAAUUCUGCAGUGGUUGUUUCCAUUAGAGGUUCAUUGUCACUGGAGGAUGCUAUCACAGAUAUGUCUGCUGAGACAGGAAUUGCCAAAACCAAACACCUUGAGUUUCAGUGCCAUCAAGGAAUUCUUCAGACAGCCUACUAUGUGAAAGGUAUUCUUGAAGAACAUUCUUUAUUGGAAAAAGGAUUCCAAGAUACAGAGAAUGAACGAAUUGUGGUAACUGGUCACAGCCUUGGUGCUGGUGUUGCAGCCAUUUUAGCUAUUCUUUUGAAGGAUAAAUACGAUGAUGUCCGUUGUUUCUCCUAUGCACCCCCAGGCGGGCUUUUAGGAUGUGUUUCAAGUGAAUACAGCAAAACCUUUAUCGUCUCUGCUUUCUUUGGAGAUGACAUUAUUCCCAGAUUAAGUCUGCGUAACAUUGAAAGACUUAAAUAUGAAAUCACUGCUUUCAUAAAGGCAUGUCCAUUGCCUAAGUAUAAAAUCAUGGCCAACAGAUUAUUAUGUGGUAAUGAAACUUCAAAAUUUGUGAGAAAGAUGAAAGAUAUAAUUGAUGCUGAAAGACCUGCUCUUCAACAGGAACAACUUUAUCCUCCUGGUGUUGUGCUAUAUGUUACUGAGGAGAAGAAUGAAUACAAGCGUUUUGGAAUUUGUUCAUGUUCCUCAGAGACUUGCAGCAUGAAAUGGUUGACUCCUGACCAGUUUCAAGAAAUUCUUAUCAGUUCCAGUAUGGUCAGUGACCAUCUUCCAGAUUCCCUCAAUGAUGCACUGGACAGACUAGAUUUGACCACAACUGUGCUUUCAUUUUGUCGUUUUCUUCCUUUUCUUUCACCUUUGUUUUUCUUUCAUCUUUCUUUCAUUUUUUUAUCACUCCUUUUUCUAUUUCUUUCACCUUGGCUUACUACCCCGCCUUUAAUUCUUCCAUUUCUUCUUCGUUUCUUACUUUUAUUUGACCUGCACUCUUUCACCUUUCGUUCAUCGUCGUCUAUCCUUCAUUUUCUUUCAUUCUACGUCUCAUUCUUCUAUUUCUUUCAUUCAAUUCAUUUUUGUUUGUUCCCUGGUAUUUGUUUUCUUCCUUUUUUUCUUUUAAUCCUUGCUUCUUUUACAUUUUCUUUCUUCUUAACUUUUUAUGCAAACUUUUUCUCUUCUUUCUUCUCUUCCUUCUUUUUCUUUUUCCACUUCUUUUUAACCCUUACAUGUUCAAUUUUCUUUCUUCUUUCGUUUUUUUUUUUAGUUUCCCACAAUUAUCUUUGCUUCUUCUUUCAUUCAUUUUUUCCUUUUGCCAGAUUCGUUCAUCUUUUCUUCUCCUUUUUUUUAAUUUAUUUAUUCGUUCACGUCAUUCUUUCUCUUUCUGCCUCUUUAGUUCCUUUCGUCUCUCACUUUUCUUUUCCUUCCUUCCUUCCUUCCUUCCUUCCUUCCUUCCUUCCUUCCUUCCUUCCUUCCUUUUCCUUUUUCGUUUUCUUUCUUUCUUUCUUUCUUUCUUUCUUUCUUUCUUUCUUUCUUUCUUUCUUUCUUUCUUUCUUUCACUUCUACACUGUUAUCAUUUUCGUUCUACAUAAUUUUUUUUCUUAUGCAACUUUUGCUCUUUCCUUCUUUUUUCAUUUCUUCCUUUUCACUCCUUCCUGCUUUUCUUUAUUUUAUUUCUCUUUUUUCAUUUAUUCUUUAAUUCUUCUACCAUUUUUCUGCAUGGUUCCUUCUAUCAUUUAUUCUUUUCUUCCCCAUUUCCUCCUAAAUUACUACUUUAUUUUCGUUUCUUCUUCUCUGCCAUCUUACAUUUCUGUUUCUUUCAUUUCGUUUCUCUAUUCCUUUCUUUAUUUUACUACUUCCUUCCUUUUAUCUUUCUUCCACUCUCAUUUUCUUCGUUUUUUAUUAUCUCCCUUCCUUCCUUUUCCUUGCUUCUUUCGUUUCUUUUCUUUUAUCAUCAUUCUUCUUGGUCUUCCUUUCUCCCAUCUUCCACAUUCGUCUACUUUUUUCUUCUCGUCCUCGCCUGCUUCUUUGAUUUCUUCGGUCACUUCAUUUUUUUUUCUUCUCGUCCUUUGA